AGCACCGAUUUGCAGCCGCGCAGCCCGACUGCCAAGUGGCCCGCGGGUGACUGACGACUGCUGAAACGCGCAUCGUUAGCAACGCACAGCACCGCAGCAACAGCCAGCGACAGCUGCCGCCACACCGAGCACCCGUGACCCUGCUGCAGCCGAACGCAAGGCAGCGAUGGUGCGCACGCGCAAGCAAAGAGAAGCUGCGCCGACGCCCGACAAAGCCACCAAAGCACCGGAGGAGGCGCCCAAGCAGAAGAAGAAGUCUUCUAAAGGCGGCCUCACCUCAUACCUCAACUCGUCCACGCUCGCGACGUGCGCGGCCGUGGCCUACGUCGCGUUCGCCUACCGCAAUUUUUCGAGGGUGCUCGAUCCGCUCGCGAACCUCCCGGACGAUUACAGAGGUGGUGUCCAAGUCACACCUAUGUGGCCCGAGAACUCGACGCUGGACGUGGAGGUCGCGCUGUCGACGUACGCGUCGCUCCCGCACGAUUUUAUGAGGAAUGCAUCUUUGUACGACGAUUCGACGGUGAUCAUCUGGCGGGAACAAAACAUAGAGCUCAACACGCACACCAAGGACCGCAAGAUUGAUUUAAGGUUGUGUGCGUCGGAAAGCGCUUUACAGUGCUCCGACGCUGCAUUAGCAGCCGCCGAGCGGGCGGCGCAGCCCGGUGUUUUGUCAAGGUUGAUCUUGGGCGAGGAGAGCAGUGGCCCGCGGCAACGUAUUAUACUACCACCAAAGGCCUGGGCGCAGCUCCAGGCGAACGGCACAUUAUAUUUGCACUCGGCCGUGACGCGUAUCACCGAAAAAGCCAGGUGGCGCGGCCUCGCGGAUAACGAUGUCCGGCGCACGGCGCGCGUGCCGUCUAUUGCAUUAGUAAAAUUCGAGGCGGCGCCCAAAGGAAGAGCGGCGCUGGCAAAGAGGAAGCUGCUCUACGACGUCCACCCGACGCUCGGUUCACUAGGACCGCCGGCGCCCUGGGCGCCGACCUACACCGGAGAAGACGGCGAGAUGUGCGCCAAGUGGAAGCCCGAGGCGGCGGUGCGCGUCGUCGCAGAAUUUCGCGACUGGCCGGCCGACGUGAGUGUGCCGGGCAUGCAGCGCUUUCGAGAUCGGGCGCCGGGCGGCUCCGUGGUCUACAAGUACGCGCCGCCGACGUACGCCGACGAGAUCGGCCUGACGUCCGACAAAUAUCUCGUGGUGAACAGCACGGUGGACGCGCUGCCGCUCUCGCUAAACUUCCAGCCCUUAUCGUUCGCGCGGUGGCAGCUCAUCGCGCGCAUGGAGGAGGGUCUGAAAGCGCAGCAGGAGGACUUUGGGUUCUCCGAGAACGACAUCGAUGAAGUCAGGCGAUUGAUAGCAGACACGAAGACGUGGUUGUUAGCGGUCACAAUGCUCGCGUCCGUCUUGCACUUGUUAUUUGAAUUCUUAGCCUUCAAGAGCGACGUGGACUUCUGGAAGAACAACAAAUCACUCAGGGGCUUGUCCGCGCGGUCGGUGGUCGUCGACCUCAUUUCGCAGAUUGUUGUAUUGGCCUACCUCGUGGACCAGGGGUCGAGUUUACUCGUAUCGAUUCCCGCGGCCGGGGCCAUAUUAAUACAAUGCUGGAAGGUCGAGAAGGCGACGGGCGUGCGGCCGGACUUCUCGCGGCCGUUUCCGUGGAUAAGGUGCGAGCGGCUCGAGGCCGUGGCCCUCUCCGCGAAGAACGCCAAGGCCGACGACAAGGGCGCGCAGCUCGACGCGGCGACGCUGCGCGUGGACCGCCUCGCGACGCUGUACUUAUCUCUAUCGCUCGGGCCGCUCGUCGUCGGCUACGCGGUCAAGACGCUCAUCUACGACGCCCAUCUGGGCUGGUACUCGUGGGGCCUCGGCGCCAUGACGAACGCCGUCUACACGGGGGGCUUCAUCCUCAUGACGCCGCAAUUGGCGCUCAACUACCACCUCAAGAGCGUGUCGCACCUGCCGUGGCGGCUCCUCUGCUUCCGCUUUGUGAACACGUUUAUUGACGACCUGUUCGCCUUCGUGAUCAAGAUGCCGGUGAUGCACCGCGUGUCUUGCUUCCGCGACGACGUCGUCUUCCUCAUCUACCUUUAUCAGAGGCGCAUCUACUCCGUGGACAUGAGUCGGGGCGUCGCGGGCGAGGACGCGGCGCAGUAAGUUAAAGGGCCCCCGAGUCAGAGUUUGAUUUUUAGU